AGAAUCAAUCAGAGAGAGACUAACUGCUGAAAUAUUCAACAUCGCAGGAGGAAGAGCUCGAUCUUCAGCUCGGAGCCUGCAGAUUUGACACAUUAUGUCUGUUAACAAGCAAGAUGUUCUUGCUCAUCAUUUUAUCCUCAACCAACAAGACAUCUCUUUUCUGAACCAGAGGGAAUCUCUGAAAACCAAAGGGAGAGCAGAGGAACCAGAACUUGUACAAGAAGAAGAGCAUGAGUCAGAACCAGACCUUACUGCACCAAAGCAAGAGAUGGAUAACACAAUAGGAAAAGAUUCUGCAUCUCUUGAAAUCAAAGAAGAGCCAGAGGAACUAGAACUGCAACAAAUGAAGAAAGAUGAUUAUCAAUUAGGAUCUCUGCAGAUUGUAAAGAUUGAAGUUGAAGACAUCAGUCAGGAUGAAAACCAGGAUGUACUGGACCACGAGAUUGAUACCUUAAUAGGAACCAAUUCUGUAUCUCACCAAAUCAAAGAAGAACCAGUAGAACUAGAACUUAAAGAAAUAAAGGAACUGGAGGAUGGAUCAGGACUUGAGCAGAUGGGAAGUCAGGAUGAAAACCAGGAAGUACCGAAGGAGGAGAUUGAUAUCUUAAUCCUAAAGCUUUCUGAUGAUGAAACAGACCACCAACGACUGGAGCUCAAUGGAACCCAAAUCAUCUUUCAGAACAUCCCUGAAGCAGAUCAUCAUCAGGGAAUAGAGACUAAUGAAGCCUCGGGAUCCCACAGAGAUAAACGGCAACAGAAAACCAGAUGUGGGAAUGAAGAGCAAAGAAUGAAGGGCAAGAAAAUUCAGAAGGAUAAAAAAUUGAAACAGUGUAAAGUGUGUCAUAAAAGUUUCAAAUUCAACUGUGGAUUAACAGUUCACAUGAGAACUCACACAGGUGAGAAGCCAUUCUCAUGUAUAAUCUGUGGAAAGUCUUUUAAUCAAAAAGGUAAUUUGAUUAGCCACAUGAGAACUCAUACAGGUGAGAAGCCUUUCUCUUGUCUGACCUGUGGAAAAUGUUUCAAUCAAAAACAUAUUUUGAAUUGCCAUAUGAGAACUCACACAGGUGAGAAGCCUUUCUCAUGUAAAACUUGUGGGAAAUGUUUCAGGCACAAAAAUGAUUUGAAUAGCCACAUGAGAAUUCACACAAGUGAGAAGCCUUUUUCAUGUUUAACUUGUGGAAUGGGUUUCAAUACAAAGCGUAAUUUGACUAACCACAUGACAAAUCAUACAGGUGAGAAGCCUUUUUCUUGUAUAACUUGUGGAAAAAGUUUCAAUCAAAAAGGUCAUUUGAAUAGGCACAUGAGAACUCACACAGGUGAGAAGCCGUUCCCAUGUAUGACGUGUGGAAAAUGUUUCAAUCAAAGAGGAAGUUUGACAAGCCACAUGAGAACUCACACAGGUGAGAAGCCUUUUUCAUGUAUAAUUUGUGGAAAGGGUUUCAAUGCGAAACGUAAUUUGACUAACCACGUAAGGAAUCAUACAGGUGAAAAGCCUUUCUCAUGUGGAACCUGUGGCAAAGGCUUCAGUCAUAAAAAAAGUUUGACUAACCAUGUUAUAAUUCACACAAAAUAGAAGCCUUUCAAGUCACGCAAAGUCAUGGGACCGAGGUGAGGAAUGUAGCUUGUUAACCAUAGAUCUACACUUUUCCCUGAUGUACCUUUGUUUUUCCACAUGUGAUAUUUUGGUUGACAUGUUUACCAAGUAGAAAGUGAUGGUGACAUUGUCACCGAACCAAUCUGUCAAAAGGCUCAAAAACAAAUGAAUGUCCGCUCUGUUGACAAUGAAGAAACUGCUGACCUAGUUAAGCUAGCAGUAGCAGAAGCCAGAACUACGCCAGUGGAAGAAGUGGUUGCCCAACUUUCAGCCAAAUCACAAGCCACGGUGACGGAGCACAUCGCUGAAAAUCUGAGAUGUUAACCAUCUGAGCAGACACCUCAGAGUAUUUAGAAACCACCAAAAGCCGCCUAACAGAUGUAGAUAGCCGCCUCUCUACAUUGAUGGGCAAGCUAGCAACACUGUGCAACACACUGGAGGAAAAAGCUGACAGGUCGGCCAGAGACUACAUAAAGAUAGGGGGGAUUCCCCAAACCCCUGAAAUACCUAACCUUCCCACCUAUUUACUCAAUGCUGUCCUGAAGUGGUUCCUGGAGAUGCCUUCAGUUGAAAUCGUGCGAAUUGGUCCAACAGGGAAAAAUUCCAACUGUAAGCUAAUUCUGUGUUUCCUUCUGCUGACAUUUACUGACAGAGAUGGGUCCAAUGUGUGGGGAUAAACCAGACUCAUUAAGUGCUGUUUGUUAAAGAAUGUUCUGCCCUUUAUUGUUUCUUGAAGCCCUCUAGUUCCACACUGACAGGAAUGUCUCCGGGAAAUAUAUCGGAAAGGGAACGCUCCUCUACGUAGAGGUCCAAAUUUACUGGGACAGAGAAUCUACAUAGCACUUUGAAAACCGUGACCACCAGCUUAUACGUUUUAAAUUCAUACCUUGAAUGUGUUUCACCCCCAAGAAUGGAUUCGCUAUGAAAACGAUCACAUUAUGACUAAUUAUGACUUAUGCACGCUUAAUAAUCAUCAUACACUUGUAUUUGGGUUGUGCCAAUGUUUUUGUAAACCUUUUUUAUGACAAUGAGACAACAAAAAUGACAUGAUGCGUUUGUUUUUUCAUUUGAAAUGAAAAAACAAAAAUA